AUGGAAACACAACAAAUGCAUCAACGUACACUUGGAAAAUCCCGGCGGUUAAAGAAAAGUAAGUGUUAAUGACAUUUUCAACUGUCAAAUACACGGCUCUUUUUUUAUUUUUUAGAAAAGUGGAUUCAAUUGAAAAAAAGGAAGUGGAAACAAAAAAUCCCAUUUUAUUCGGAAACAACACAUCGAAGUCAAUAUGUUGCUUUUGAUCAAGCGCCAGUUAGAAGAACACUUUUAUCAAGAAGACAAAAUCAAAUAACACCUACGCAAGAGUUUUUUGAUGGAGAUCAUAAAAAAAUAGAAAAAAUAUAAAAUUUGCAGGCAAGCGGUGCCAAUUGAAAUGGAGACGACGUAUCGCAAUUUGUACAACGCGCCAACUUUUGGGAAACGAGAGAAAACGGUUAGCGGGUCGAAAAUUGGCAGAUCAAAAAAUGUUUCAUGUAGUCAAAUAAAAAUUGUGUUUUCAAGAAAUCCUAUAAAAUAUUAGAUUUUUAUUCGAAAUAUUUGAUAUUUUCAUUUUCAAUUUCAUAAUUGAAAAACAAAAUGUUCAUAAUUUGAACUAAAAAUGAACGAUAUGAAUUAUUUGAUCAAGUCACAGUAAAUAAAAUAUUGUUGCAAAGUAAUUUUUGAGGUUGAUAAUAUUAUUUUUUAUAUUGUGAACAUUUUUUGAGUUUAUAGUAUCAACUUUUGAAUUUUCAAAAAAAAAAACUCUUUUUACAGAUUCAAGCAUGUCCAGCGGAGAAAAUCAUUCAUCAAUAUACUGUUUUACGGUGAGAUUUAUCCAUUUUUGGCUCAAUUCACCCUCUAUAAUUUCUAGAAAAGCUCGACGUGAAAAUGGUCAUUUCUUCCUGCAAUGUUCUGAUAACCCAACACCUUUAUCAAAAUCAAUAAAUAAAAACAACAAUGAAGAUCAAAUAAAUAAUCAAUAA